AUGGGGCCUCCGCCUCCCGACGCCGUACCAGAGAGGUCUCGCUUUGACCGGCUCGACGACCAUCACCAUCAUCAUCCUCGACAGCCAGACCAUCCCAGUCCUGGUCCUGCCAGGGAGGACGCCGCUGCGACACAGUCCUCAUCGAAGAACACGAGCUACUCUCCAGACGAUGCUUCAGACCGGCAUCCCCCCCAGUCAGACCCCCAGAAGCAGGCCGCCGCAACCACCCUUCUGGCCCAGCUGUUGUCCGGUGCUGCAGAUAACAACGGCCACGACGGCGCGUUGCAGCCCCUAUCCGAUCUCCCCGUCUCUGCAGCCGAUGCUGGCGCUCAGGUCUGGCCGUCAAUGCCGAAGUCGAGCGAGCAGCCUCCUUCGACGGUCGAAUCGACCGCCGUCCCGGAUGCGGGCGCGGAGGGCGACUUCCAUGGCCUGCCUGGGAUGGGGGAUCUGCCCGCGUCCGAUGCGCUGCCGACUAUAGACAUGCAGACCGACACGUCGAUGCUGGGCCCGCUGGACAACGUCGACCUCAAGGUCUCUGACCUGGACACCCAGCAUUUUUCAGACUUUACCGCGUUGGCUACCACGCCAGUCCAUCCGCGAGAGGCGUUGGAGCAAAACGGCCUGCUCGCCAGCGCCGGAUACUAUGGCUCUCCAGCCAUGAAUGGAGGCGGACCAACACCGCGGAUAGUCGGUUACCCUGACUUCUCCAACUCUGUAGACAUGAAAGGGCGCGAAGGGUCCGAAUCCGUCGCUGGGUCGGAGCCCAGGAUCCAGGCGUUCGCGAAACUCGAGUUUGACGACGGCCAUUUCUACGUAAAUACGUACUCUUUCAUCCUGGGUCGCGAUGUCCGCGCUGCUCGCGCUGCCUUCCAGAGAGAGUACCAGGCCAAGCAGAACAAGGCUCACAGCUCGAGCGGACACAAGACACGUACUCCCAGCAGGAUCAAGAGAGAAGGGAGCGCGUACAUGGGCAGCGUGAUCAGCGACAAAGGUGGAAUCAUGGGGUUCGACCCGGACAUACCUCAGAACGGCCCGCCGCAGAUGAGUUGGAAGUCCUCCAACUCUUCAGCCGACCAGGUCGCUCGCCCGUUGCUGCAUAUCUCCCAUGGAGAAUCACAGGCGAAUUCUGAGCCUCGAGAGAUGACAGAUUACAACGCCCUUGCCAUGCAGUCGCUACAACGCGGCCACCAUGAACCCAAGAGAGUCGACACCCUCUCUUUGCUUCCCUCCCCGGAAGCGUGUCCGACCAUACCGAUUCAUCCCCCCGUGCCCGCCAACGGCGGCUCGUCGCAUAGGGCAAUUUCAAGAAAACACGUGAAAAUCGCAUAUAACUUUCACAAGAACGUCUUUGAGAUGGAAGUCAUCGGUAGGAAUGGCGCCUUUAUGGGCGCCGAUUGGCUUGCUCCCGGUCAAGUCAGACCCCUUCACAGCGGCGACUUCAUACAGAUCGGAGGCGUCAGGGUACGAUUCCUGCUCCCAGACGUGCCUAUCGGAGACACCGGUGCUGAAGCCGCUCCCUCAUCACCACCCGAGAUGGGCCAUGGGUUGCCUCAUCAACAGGAGAUUGAACACUCUGAGGAACCGGAACGGCCUAACGUGGAGGAGGAAUCAGAGCAGAGUGGUGGUGACGGUGCGGUUAAACCCAAGGAUAAGGGUCCAUCGCGGCCUGGCCAGAAACCGCCGGUAGAAUCGGGCCAGGCUGCGACGACUACUACUACUACCACUACCAACAAACGCCGUGGACCUGGCAGGCCGCCCAAGGAUGGGAUCAUGUCUAAACGCGAGAGAGCAGAAAUCGCACGGGAGCAGAAGUUGGCUGCUAAACGUGAAGCUAACGGUGCCGCUGCCGCUGCCGCAGCCACCGCCGCCUCUCCACCGCCAGCUACUGCCGCUACUACCGUUAAGGUAAAGCCUGCCAAAGCUGCCAAAGAGCCCGCUGCUGUACCUGCUGCCGUUACCCCUGCAGGCCCUCCUGCAACCGGCCCCGAGGACCCGUCAACGACGACCGUGAAGGUGGAGAAACGAAAGUACACCAAGAGGAAGAAGCCGGAUUCGGCUCCUGGCGAAACCGUGAUGCCAUCCAUCGAAGGAGCUGCAGGUCUAGGAGGUAAUAUGGAAAUACAGCACAGCGAACCCAUACGUCUUCCCUCCGUGAAGAAACGCAAACCCUCCAAGUCUCCAUCCCCUGACUAUCCCCCUGAAAGCUUCUAUACACCCAAGGAGCUUGCUAAACCGCCAUACAAUUAUGCAGUUCUCAUCUAUGAUGCACUAUCAGAAUCCCCUACACCCAUGACACUAAAGCAGAUAUACCGUGCUCUCAAGCUCAAAUACCCUUACUUCCGCUUCAAGUGUGAGACCGAGGGCUGGACGUCAAGUGUACGACAUAACUUGAAUGGCAACACCCAUCUGUUCAUGCACGCUGAACGAGACGGCAAGGGAUGGUCGUGGAAACUCAUACCAGGCGCUUCUGUCGAUAAGGAGAAGAAACGUCGUCCAUCCCCUCCGCCUGUCCAAGAUGUAUCCAGCAACAGUCAGCAACGAUUCCUACCGCCAAAUACCGGGUCUGGAGCCCAAUACAUCGCUCCUCCGGCUCAGUUCAACCGUCGUCAAUAUCCCCCUUAUCCUCCUCCAGCGAACACCCAGUAUCCUCCUCCACCUCCCCAACAGCAGCAGACACAGGCUCCUCUACCACCUCCACCAGCUGCACCGCCAUCACAGCCAGUGGCAGCAUCUAAACCCCCUCCACUACCUCCUCCUCCUCCCCCAGCCGCUGUGAUAGGCCCUCCAGCAGCUCCUCCGGCACUUACUCUACCACCACAGUUAAUGCGAAAUCUUCCUCCUGCUCUUUCUACCAUGAACCCCACCCUGUAUCUCUCUCCGUACAUCAUGGCCUCUUCGUCGUUUGCUCCGCCACAGCAACGGCCACCCCAUCAACAGCCAAUACAACCGCAUCCGCCUCCUCCCACCCAUCCACCUGGCCAUCAGCAGCAGACUAGGCCACCGCAAAUGCAGCAACCACAUCACCCACAACCUCCUCCACAACAUCAACCCCCAAACCAGUAUAGGUUCCAUAAUCAAAUCCUACCCCCAAACCAUAGCCAACCUCACCAGGCACCUCAUCGCCCUCCACAACCUCCCCAACCUCCUCCCCCAACCCAUACCCAGGCGCAGCGACCACACAACAUCCCCGUCACGUCGGCAUCUGCAUCCCAGUCAGGCAUCCCGACAUCAACAGCGACAUCAUCUCCCGCUCUUCCCCCCGCCCCAGUUUCUACUCAAAGUUCAGGCAUGGACCCUGCUUUCCUCGCUCGCGCCAACCAAGCAAUUGACAAUUUCGAAGCGGUGCUCAUAGAAGACUAUGAGGAUAAAGACUACAUCCGCAAAGUCCUUCGCAGUGCGCGCGACAGAGUCCUCCACGGUGCAAAAGAGAGCUCAAUUGCAGGCGGCGAAACAAAGGACGAAUCAGUCAUCAUUGAUACGCUACGGGGAAUAAUUGGAAGCCUUAAUGGCCAAGAUCAAUAA